AUGGACAACAUUGCGUACUAUGUAUGCCGGACCCUCUGGAACUUUGUUCUAUUCCCUCUCCGACAAUGGGUACUCCGACCUUCUCAAGAACAGCCGCCGUCGCCUCCGUCAUUUCCUCUACACCGUCUCCCUCCCGAGAUACGAGACAUCAUCUGGAACUUUACCCUUCCAGAUCGUCGUGUCUUUGUCGUAGAGGAAUUCCUAAGGUACCCAAAAUCAGACAUGGAGUAUCUUGGUUUUGGCUUCCGUCACCCUCCCCCUGUCACUCUCCAAGUCUGUUACGAAUCCCGUGCAGCUGCACUACGUGCCGGCUUCUUCUUCAAGACGGGAAAAAGAAGCCUUGGUGCAUGGUUUAGACCAGAAACCGACAUGAUGUGUUUUUACAGCGUUUCCAGUCUAACAACCAGUGAGGACCGCCAUGUCCAAGGUUUGGACAAAGUCCUUCACGUCGGGAUCUUCUCGAGCACUUUUCUUGACUUUUCCUAUGGCAAAUCUUCGCGGUUCAUGAUGGAGAGACCUAUACGAGCUAUUCAUUCAAGCAUGCCCAGCCUGGAAACGCUCAACUACAUCUACAUUCGGCACGAGAGGCCAGUGGAACAAGAGAUCUGUAGCACCGACUACCGAUCUGCUUCUCUGUCAUUGCCAUUAAGCGACGCUACAUAUCGUCGUUGGAGGGAAAUGGUCUACAAGACGGAGGAUGAGAUGAGGAAGGAAAUCCGUACUGGUUCGAGAUACUAG